UCUGGACUGAAGGUGUUUUUCUCCCCCUUGUAAUCAGUUUGCCUCUUCUUCGUCUUCUUCUUUCUGUAUACUUGUUUUGGAUUCCGAAAUAGCCCUUGGAAAUGGCAGCAAUUUACAGUCUCUACAUCAUCAACAAAUCAGGCGGCUUGAUCUACUACAAGGAUUACGGGUCGGCGGGAAGGAUGGACACUAACGAUACCUUGAGGGUUGCGAGCUUGUGGCACUCGAUGCACGCCAUUUCUCAGCAGCUGUCGCCGGUAUCGGGCUGUUUCGGAAUCGAACUCCUCCAAGCUGACACUUUCGAUCUUAAUUGCUUCCAAUCACUCACUGGGACAAAAUUCUUUGUUGUCUCUGAGCCUGGGACACAGCACAUGGAAGGUCUCUUGAAACAUAUCUAUGAGCUGUACACAGAUUACGUCUUGAAGAAUCCCUUCUACGAGAUGGAGAUGCCUAUACGAUGCGAGCUCUUUGAUAUCAACUUAACACAGGCAGUACAGAAGGAUCGUGUUGCAUUGUUGGCCCGAUAAUUUGCCUUUGAAUUUGUUCCUGUGUGGCUGUUGGCCCGAUGAUGUGCCUGAGAACUUGUAUGGUAUCUGUAGUUUGCAAUCAAUGUGUUUUGUACGGUUUGAGCUCACCUCGACUUUGGUGUGCGUAAUCAAUCAGAUAUAAGCAUCGACUAACUCAACAUUCA